GAACAGAACAUGAUAGUCAGGAUUUGUAUGAUUGGCCACAACAAAGGACAUUUAAAAGGACGCCCUCAAUGUGUGGAUGUUUCAUAGGUCUAUAAACCAAGUUAAGCUCGACUAAAGUUCUCUGAAGGUGAAGGUUCUCUAUAGGGCUCUCCAGCAGAGGGCACAGGGAAAUUUGAUGCAGCCCCUGCACAUCCACCCUGUCGGCGCACUGUAUCUGCUGUGCGAGUAACACCGUUGAGGAUCAUGAAGAGUUCCCCCGAUCUCGUGCCUACUGAGCUGGACCCUACCCGUGUUUGCAAGGGCAAGGGUGCUGUUACUCUGAGGGCCACACUAGUGCACAUCGAUGAUGAGGAUGGCACAAGCCAAGAGCCAUCCAAGAACUCUGCCAAAAGUGGAUGGCUUGGUGCGGUCAAUGGAGAUGCCACAGAAACAAGUCCGGCUGAGAGAAGUGUAAACAACACCGGAGCUGAUUUAAAUUCAACUCGAGUCAGUGAGACACCAACAAAGGUGGACUCACCUGUAAGUGAGAGUCAGUCUCAGCUCACGUUCUGCCUUGAUCAGCCGAGUGCUAUUACCUCAUCAGCCAAAGUGUCCUCAUCAUAUCCCCCCACGAGCAGCGUCAACCCAACAAUCGUCUUGCUGCAGCACAGCAGAGAAGCUGCGGCGGAGCAGGGCAGUGGCCCUAAUCGGAGCCCUGCCGUCAGCCAGAAUAAAUCUUCCUUUGAGACUCCGGCAGACAUGGAAGGAAAGAGAAUGAGACUGUCUGAACAUUCAGCCGUCCAGGCACCCAGAGUCCCAGUACGGAACACAGAGCUGUCAAAGGACUGGUACAGAAACAUGUUCAAACAGAUUCACAAAGUCCCAGAGACUGUCGAAGAAAAUCCAUAUCGUCCCACCUACAUAUUUCCAGAGAGCAAUGACAGGCCACUGAAAACCAGAGAUGACAGGACGUCAUAUUCUGUUGAGGAUGUGCGGGCAGUCCCUCGCUCCAAGAGUGCUGUAGACAUGGGGAGCUCCAGAGGACAGCUGCCUGUGCCAACACGCACAUCUUCCCUAAAACCUCAAAGGAAUGAGUGGGAGCCCCCUGACAAGAAAGUAGACACCAGGAAGUACCGCGCCGAGCCCAAGAGCAUAUUUGACUACGAGCCAGGAAAGUCUUCAGUGCUGAAGCUGGAGAGACCGACUCAGGACAUAAGUCCAGAAGAUGUAGAUUUAGAGAAUGAGCCUUGGUAUAGGUUCUUUUCUGAGAUGGAGUUUGGCAAAGCGAGUGCCCCCUCUUUCAGCCCCUUGGAAACAUCUUCCGACCUACAGCAAUACUCAGCCUGUAAAGCAGGCAACGGUGAAGUGGAGAAGAAGGACAGCUUGUCUGCCGGUGGGCAGGCAGGUCCGGAAUGUGAUCGGCACAUUUACAAGAGUGUCCUGGAGGGCGGCGACAUCCCACUGCAGGGCUUGAGAGCGCUUAACAAGCGCCACCCCAGCACUUCUUCUAAAGUGGAUUAUAAAGGUGGGAAUGGCUGUAUGAUUUCACCCUGCUCUUCUGUAAAUACUCACUCAGUUCUUGCCACUAAUGCACUAGCUUCUCAAUAUAAGACUAAAAAUUCCUUGUCCGCUGCCAAAGCCUGCAUCCCUCAAAUCCUUCCCUCCAAGUUUAAGCCCAAGCUAUCGCCCUCUACUGAUGAGAGCCUGGAAAGACGGACCGAGCCGACGCACCAGCGGCCUAAAGCACACAGCUGCGAGGAUCUGCAUCAGGGGCCUUAUAGCUCACGUGAUGGAGAUACGACAGACGCCGAUCACAGGUUAAAUUCAGCUUGCAAGGGCGACGGUUCACCCGAGAGCAGGAACCUGCAUAAAAAUGGACCUGUGAGGAGCACAGCCGAGUUCUCUACCCUCUAUCGGAACAUGCACAACAUUCAGAGGCCGAGCUCCGUGGGCUCCAGCCCCCACGGUAGUGUCCGUUGCCUGGCUUCCUUUUUUGAGAAGCCAGGGGACGACAUUACCCUGGAGAGGACUGAGAUCAUCCCCCGGGAUGCUGUCACAUUUCGGGUGAUGGAGUUUGAGCGUAUCAUUCAGCGUUCGAACUCUGUGCCCACUCGCUCCGCCUCGAUGCCCAUACUCCCUAGCGACCCAAGUCCUUCCCACAGCCCUGGACCGACCUGCUUCCUCCAGUCCGCUCUGUCAGCGGAGACUCUAGUCAUGCCAGAGCCUGCAAACACAGAGGACAUGAAUUCAGAGGCCCAGAUCCACAAAGAGGACGCUUCUGUAUCGGACGAGUGCCCGAACACCUCAAGAACUGACUUCCCUUUGGAUCUAAACGAGGGCAGAUUGGAAGAGAAAAACAGUUGCGUUCAUGAUCCUGCCAAAGAGUCGCCCUCCGGCGAACCCACAGGUCACCAUCACCACGAUCACUUCCCCUUCCACACCAAACAGAGCAAGUGCAAAGGCACCUGCCCAGCUUCCUACACCCGUUUUACCACAAUCCUCAGGCACGAGCGCCAACAGGCCAACACCCAGCAGGAGAAGAAGUGCACUCCUCCAAGGAACUUGCUUCUGAUGGGACCAGCACCGUUCUCCCUACGGAGGUCCCUACACAGUCAACAGGCCAAAAAGACUUGCGCUCUCUCUGCCAUGAAACCCGUGACCGGAGAUCUCAUCUCGGCCAAGCUGAAGCCUUUGAUUCCCCAGCGCCUGUCCUCUUUGGAGGUGCUGGAGAGGCUCAGUAAUGGAGAGAGCUCUCCCUGUGAGGGGUGCAACUCGGAUGACCUCAUGGAUGUGGAGGGCUCUGAAGCCAGUAAAGAUCACUCUGAAGACUCAGAUUCCUCACAUCCAUUAAGCCAAGGAGAUCAUGGAGAAAACUCCGACGAGGCAGUCCGGAAACGCUACGGAGAUAAAGAGAAAAUUCUGGAAGAGCAGAGACGGUUAAAGCGAGAGCAGGAAGAGGCUGAUACAGCUGCUCGGAGACAUGCUGGGCUGGUUGUGACUCAUCAACAGUUCAUUACUAAUGACCGCUUCGGUGACCUGUUGGUUAUUAAUGAGAAAGAAAAGAGAAAAACCCUAGAGAGGACUCCUGCUCUGGCACGAUUUGACUUCAGAGCAGAAAGUUUAAAGGAACUACCAUUUCAAAAGGGAGAUAUUGUAUACAUCUACCGCCAGGUUGAUCAGAAUUGGUUUGAGGGAGAGCAUCAUGGGAGAGUUGGGAUUUUCCCACGCAGCUAUGUUGAGCUCCUGCCCCCUACAGAAAAGGCUCAGCCCAAAAAGAGUGUUCCGGUCCAGGUUUUGGAAUAUGGAGAGGCUAUUGCUCGAUUCAAUUUCACUGGUGACACUGCUGUUGAAAUGUCUUUUAGAAAGGGGGAGCGUAUUACACUGAUUCGCAGAGUAGAUGAGAACUGGUAUGAAGGCAAAAUUUCUGGCACUAACCGGCAGGGCAUCUUCCCCGUGACCUACAUAGAGGUGCACAAGAGACCCCGAGUGAAAAAUGGAGUGGACUAUCCUGAUCCCCCUAUCAGCCAUUCACCUCACCGGAGCACUAAUGCCUCCCCACAGCCCAUUCGUAAUCGGCUCACCACCUCCCCUCUCCCUCUCCCGCGGUCUCCCCGCCGCUCCAUCUCCCCCGAAGUCCACGCCAUCUCCAAUGAGUGGAUCUCGCUCACUGUGGGCGGAGUCAGCAGCAGCCCCCCUGCCGCACCCACUCCACCCCUCCCCCCUCUGCCAAGCACUUUAUACCGCUUGGGCGAAUAUCUGCCCCCUUCAAUGUCAGCCAGUCCUGUGCCUCCCAUCAGCGGCAGCCCUUACGGCAUCUCCCCCAUGGCUUCUCCCUCCACAUCUCCUUUACCCCCACCCUAUCCACCCCGGCCCUGCUCGGCCACCCCGUUCCUCACCUUCACUCCACCUCAAGGCGAGGAUUUCCUUCUUUCUCCUCCCUCUCCCCGCCUGUCCCGCAGCCUGAGUCCCUGUGGGGGUGCUGGGCUCGAGGGUUGGCUUACUGGGGGCAACAGGCUGGAUCAGGAGUUUCAGGAAGGGGAUGGGGCUGAAAUAGACAGGGCUGGCAGCCUCCGCAAGGCUCCUUACAGCAGGAACAAUAGCCCAGCAGAGCCAUUAAGAAAUGAUGUAGAAUAUUACGGGCGAUCUUCAAGAAGUCCUGUCAUGCUGUUUGACAUCCAAGACAACAACAUGAAUGCCAAUUCAUUCACGGAGGCAGUGUGUAAUGAGAUCAUGAAUAUUGCAGAGACCUCAGUGAGGUACUGCAGCACUUUGUCACGCCCUAUAGACUCCGCCCACCGACUCCUGCCUCCUCCCAGUAAACACUCUCUCAUCAUUUCCCAGCAACCCCUGUCCCAGAGCAGCAGUCCUGAGCCUGGACGCAUGAGCUGUGGGAUAUUUCAGGCUCUGUACAAUUACAUGCCACAGAAUGAUGAUGAGUUGGAGCUGCAGGAAGGAGACCUGGUCAAUGUCAUGGAGAAAUGUGAUGAUGGCUGGUUUGUGGGUACAUCCAAGAGGACAAAACAGUUCGGCACUUUCCCAGGAAAUUACGUAAAAGCUGUCAAUUUGUGACAUGUUACAUUUGAAGAAAUCAUGGUUUGUAUGAAGAGAUUCUAGCACUAUGCUUAAGCAGCCUGAUCCGUUUGGGACACUCUACCUGUUGACGUCAAAUGAAGACUUUCCCCCCCUCUAAAAUUUGGUCUUUCCCAGAUGAAUGUCCAGGUAUGUGAUCAGUAAGGUGUGCGGCAUGUCAGCGAAGAACAUGCAGUUCAACUGUACUACAGUGGCAGCAUUUGUUGAAGGAUUUAGAAGAAUACGUUUUUGAAAACGCUCAGACUCAGCUAAAAGCCAUUCAUAUAAAAUAUAUCAGACUUGGAAAAGGUGUUUAAGUUUACAGCUGCGAAUUGUACUGAAGUACAACUUCAUCACAUACCUGACAUUACUGAAAAACAUGAAAUUCGACAAUUUAUUUUUGCUAUGAACGUUUGAUGGACUUUGAGUGUGACCGUUAGAGAUGACAGUGUAUUGAAAGCGUGUUUGUAUUAAGGGUUACAGGUCAGAGAAGCCGUGAAAGUAUCACAGAAGUUAGGUUUAGCCAUUUUAAAAAGUGUUUAAAUUUUAAUUUACACUCCCACUGUGUAAUAUUUAUGAAGCUUUUUUUUUUUUUUUUUAUCAUUCUCUCAUAAAGGGUAUGAUGUAAAUUUCUAUUCCAAUGAGGGCUCAAAGGAUGAGACAACAACAUUAGUAUUUGCAAAUCCAAGCAAAGCCAUUUGUAAACAUCAAAAUGAUGUAAAUCAGUGUUGGUCAUGUUAAGAAGGGAUAAUGUCACAGCACUUACUGUACUCUCAAAUUUUGUUGACAUACAAAAUUUUGGAAACACUUUACAGUAAGGUCUGAUUUGUUAAUUGGAACUAUGAGCAACUAUUGUCAACAAAUAAAACAUUAUUGUAAAGUGCUGCCAAAUUUCUGUUCAUAAGAUUACGAUGGAGUGACCAACUCAUGAAACUCCAGAUCUAACAAGCUUUUUAAUUGGUAACAAUAAAGAAUCGAGCUUUAAGCGCUAUGUAAUGUAGUGAGGUGAAGGGCUACAACUAAACCCCACUAAACAUGCUUUGCCUCUAAACAUACUAUUUAUUUGCCCGCGUGGUGCAUAUUUUGCUCUUUCAGUCAUCUGUUUUUGAAUCGAUUGUUCUGAAGAGUGUAUUACGAGUCUGAGGCGCAGUAUUUACCUCUGUUAACAAGCCUUGAUAACAUCUUAACCCAGGUACCAUUUGACAGUGUCAUUUACAUAGUGUUAUGACUGGUAAUACGGUUGCAUGUUGGGAGUCGCUGAUCCAUAUAAGAUUGCCGUACCUCAUUUUUAAAGUGCCAUUCACAGUAGAGGAUGCUACACGUGGACCGUUGUGUUCAUUUAGUUCGGUAGUCUCCAUUGAUUAGCUUGUGGUCUUCCUUAACUGAAUGUAGUUCACAUCUACUCCAGGUUGUAGAUUUGCUUUUGCUUCCUUUUAAGAAGUAGAAUUGCAGAUUUGAAGAUAUGUUUUGAAAUUGUGUCUUUUUGAAUCCCCACUUUAGUUUUAUACGGUCCAUUCCAUAUAAUGCCAGAGAACGUGCUGCUAGAGAGCAUGAGGAUCGUCUGAGACUCUUACGCUUACCAGCCUUCCGUCCAAUUAAAAGCAAGAAUUAGGAUCACUUGGACAGUUAUUUAAAGUAUCUAGAUGAUAUAUUUUUCAUUUUUUAAAAACGGUGGUUGUUACUAAAACCUGUCAAGAAGUAAUCACAUAGAAGAUCAACAAGGAAUUAAAAUAUGUUUAUGUGAUCUCUAUUGAAUAUGAACUUGAAAAUGUGUUUUGGCCUUUUGAACCGUUAUAAGAUAGCGUAGCAUAUUUGAAUGUAGUGCUCUGAGAAACUUUUAACUUGGAUGUGAACACAGUUGAAAUUCACAAUUUUCCUAUUCUGUCAGAGUUGUAAAUAUGUAAAGUAAAAUGAAUGAAAGUGAUGGGAGUUACAGCAACCUCUAUGAAUAUUACAGUUUAUAUUAAAUGAAGAAUAUUAGGAAAGCACAGAGAUUUGCGUAACACAGGCCGUCUCAUAUGACUGAACGAGUGAUUCUGACACUGUGUUGGGAUUGAAAUGCCUUUCUGUCUCAUGGCUUCAUUGAACUGUGCCUCGUUUUAUUUUAUUUUCAAUUUUUGUUUUUUUGUUUUGCCUUGAGGUAAACGCGUUACUUUUUAAGAACUUUUAAAAGUACGUUUUAGUGUGUCACAGAAGACAAUUACAGAGUUUGUUACCGCAAUCACAUGAGUUAUUCAAGAGUGUGCAAUGACACCCCAGAUGUUUAAUGUAUAAUUAUUACUUUGUGGUCUGUAUGCAGAGGCGAAUUUUGCAUUUUUUUGUUUGUUUUAUGUUUAUUUGCAGUGCUGUUACAAUUACAAUGAAUUUAAAACAAUAUUUACUGCUGUGAUUGCCUCAUUAUGCAAUAUUUAAUAAACAAUAUUACAGCUUU